GGAGGAACGGAGGAUUCCUUUUUCCAAACUCCCUUGCUGCCUGGCACCGAUUGCUCGUAAAGUUAAAGUCAUGGGAAUAAAACAACACGAUAUAUUAACGCGCAGUUACUGAAUGGCAUUCAAAGUCUCGGUGAGUUCGGUGGGCGGACCGAUCAAACAGCACUUUAGUCGCAAUAUUAUCUCACGAACGCGAUGACCUGCAAAUUAAGUGGCCUGUUCAGCAUUGGCGAGGACUUCGAUGACGAGGACCUGCUCGGGACGGACUGGGGUGUCCCCUCAUCCUCUGGACCAGCCGACGGGGCAGCUGCUGGCUCAUCCUGCUCACUGCGGCCUUCCUCCGCGUCCCGCGGAGAGACGCCCCCGCAAGGCUCGGCCCGGCAGACCGGAGCAGGACCAGGACCCGCAGCCCCGCGCAAUGGCCCGGCAUUGGAGAGCGGGUCGCACACUGCUCCUGGACAAACUGUCCCGGGGUUGAGACGGCCCUCCUCCUCCUCUUCUUGUGCCCCGCCCCUUCCCCGCACGCUGAAUAACUGUCAGCCUAAUUCGGCUUUGCGUCAGAGUCCCGCCAACACGGACCCAGAGCCCUGCGCCGCUCUGGACGAUUUCGACGACUGGGAUGUCGACCUGGCGGACCUGGACGAGUGGGACCGGCCGGCGGGACAGCCUCCCACUCCGAUCCCGCCUGCUCCUCCGGUCGCUCCUGCACCUUCGUCCAAAACGCUGCGACCCCCGACCUGCGGAGGGGUUCGGACGCACACUAGUCGCCCCCAGGGAGGCUUCGGCACCGAGCGCCAGGCUUCCGGCUCGUUCAGUCGUAACCCGCCUCCUCGGAUGUCCUCCACUCCCCUCCCGGGUUCUACAAACCUCCGGCCUGCUCACCCGUCGGCCCCACCACACAGCCCCAGUGUGUUCCGUGGCCUCACGGCCUCUUCUCCCGCCCCCAGCCCCGUCUCCAGGACCCUAAACAGGCCCCAGAGGCCGUGGGCCACUCCGGGAGCCUCUCCUCAGGGAGGCCGCGGCGGCCUCUUUGAGACCGUCUCCCCGGCGCCCCCGAGCUCCCCGUCCGUAAACUCCUCCGCCCUGAGCCCUCAUCCCCUUCACACGACGGUCCUCACCAACCGCCUGGUCCAGUUGGUAUCGGCCUCCAACAAGCUCCCUCAGAAGAGGCCUCGGUCUGAGCUUCAGAGGUCCAGGACCAGACGCUUCCCCGGCCCCGCCGGGUUCCUGCCUCAGCAGCCGCAGGAUCAGAACCUGGACGACAUCGUGGUUUCUGUCCCUCAGACUCCUGCUCACGGUGCUGUGGCCCGGUCGCCAAGCCAGGGCUCCGGCUCACAGGCCGAAGAAGAGGAGUUCGGCGGCGGCGGCUGGGCCGCGAUGAAGGCCGAGAUGGGAUUGGACGAGAGGAACCCUUCGUGCUUCCUGCACUCUUACAGCGUCGUCAUGGUGCUCCGGAAGGCUGCGCUGAAGCGUCUGGCGAAAAACAAAGUGCCCAACAUGGCCGUGCUGCUGAAGAGCCUCGUCCACACGCACGCCGACGCCAGGGCCGUGUUCAAAGACCCCACAGGGGAGAUCCAGGGGACGGUGCACCGGCGUCUCCUCGAGGGCCGGGAGGAGGAGCUGAAAGUGGGCGCCGUGCUGCUGCUCAAACAGGUGGGCGUGUUUUCCCCCUCCCAUCGUAACCAUUACCUGAACGUGACACCCAACAACCUGCUGAGGAUCUACGCCGCCGAUGGCGCCGGCCCGUCCGACGCUCGGCUGCCCCCGCUCGUCCUGGAGCCGACGUCCCCCGCCGGCCCCCAGGGGACCGUGUCUCGCAUGCAGCUGGUGUUUGACGAGGAGGAGGAUGACGACGAGGGACAAGAAGGGGGGGGACGCUCAGAGGGAGCCUCAAGAGACACUAUGAUCGGCUCCAGCACCGGCCCCCGAGAGCCCGCCGGGGAACCGGCGCCACAGGACUCCGGCUGGGAUGCAGACGAUGACCUGGAUGACCUGCUGGGAGAGUUACCCGAGGACACUUACACCCUUUGACCUUACACCAGCUCACUGCUGCGACAGUAGAGACGUUACCUCGUCGUGUUCCUGACGUCACCCUGGUUUUUGUUUUUGUUUUUAUCACCGCUGAAGAGCUUGUGUGUCCUCAACUGUGUUCGAUAUCGGGGCCGUAAACGCCGCAGAAUAUCGCCUUGAUUUAACCUGCUGUAACUUUGUCAUUUUCCACACACCAGCGAUGAUGGAUGUAUUGUGAGAAGCAGACCAGUUAAUUAAUCACAAGAGCUCUGAAAACCAGCUCUGUUUGAUUUCACCGUCACAAAGAAUAUAAUUAGCCCGACAUACGUUGUGGAUGCAAACCCCCCCCCCCCCCCUUCCCACUUUUGUUGUUACCCGCUGUUACGCUUUACAUCAGCAACCUUGAAAUAAAUGACUAAUUUGCACAGCAUUGAUUUGCUAAUCAUGCUAAAUGGAAGCGAGGGGAGGCUUUUUCUUUGUUGCCGUUGGUCCUUGCAGAGUGGAGUCGAUGCACAGUGACCCGGCUUGUUUGCCACGCGGUAAGAGGGGUCUCUGAGGGUUCUUCUCAGACGGCCAUGUGUUUGUUUGACCGGUAAAACGUGUGCAGCCAGCAGAGAGUCCGAUCAUCAGGCCCGUUAACGCUGACUGCCUGGUUUCCGUCCAAAAGAGGGGAACUAGUAUUAAAUUGGUCUGUACAGUGACACAUUUUGAGUUAUUUUGGCUGCACGUUUAAGUUUACCGUAUAGCCUUUUGUUCAAUGACUUUCUGGUUAAGGUGCUGACUCUGCUUACAUUUGAUAGUACUCACAUUCUUACAGGCUGAACAGUGUUGGAAUCACUAAGUAGUCAAACAUGUCAACAUGUUUUAAGCACUCUUCAUGGGCCUGUGUUUGAUGAUGUGGUUUUACCUGAUCAGGUUUUGACUCCACAAAAGAAGGUUUUGACUUCUUUUGUGGUGCUCAAAGCUCUGAAGAAAUGACCUUAAAACAAUCCAGCAGCAGCUUGUCUUUGCAGCAAACGGGAUGCAUGUUAGUGUGCACUUUUCAGUGGAGUUACUCUCUACUGCGGAGGAAUGAACAGUUGAGUGGAUUAUCCAUUGCAACCAGGAAGCUGUUUCAAGAAAGAUCAUCUUUUUUUAAAUGUAAUUUACUAUAUUGUUUCAAGCAGCACAAACCUGCAAUCUAUUGGAUAAAGUGUGUAGUCACCCAGGUCCGUUUGUUUGUGUUGGGGGUUGAGCCGGGCCUACAUCGUUAGUAUUUAUCUAUUGAUUUGAAGUCCCUCAAAUGUAAAAUGAAGAUCAAUACCUGCAGCUUUAAAGCCACCGAUUGACUGCAGAUCACAACCGAACAAUGUGUCACUGUCUAAAUACUUGAAGACUACGCUGUGCGCAGGAUGGAUCGGUGGGUGAGGAGCCCCAAAUGAACCCUGGGAGGAUCCCGAUUUUCUUUUUGGCCUGGAGCUCUGAAAAGAAAGCUACUUGGUUAGAGGCCUAAACGAAAGGCAUUCGCAAAAGUUAAGUCUAAAUGAAUCUGCAGCGACUCAUUCUCUGCAAAGACUUCACAGCAGUGUUGGAAACCAGUGUACAAUAUAAUUAAAUAAUAUCUCAACACAAAA